UACUUCUUCAUCAAAACAGACAUUGAUAAUAUGAUGAUUUUUAUAUAAAUGUUUUGAUAUUUUUUCAUAUCUUGUGAUCAGUAACGUGCGCUUUUAUAAAUGCCAAAAAAAUAUUUAAUAACUUCAGAAAUUAUUUUUUUGCUCGAACGACAUUUGCUUUAUAAAAUCACUGGUUUACUUUUAAAUCAAUUGAUUCAUUUAACAGGAAUAUGUUGCGUGAAUUGAUAAUUUUAUCUUUUAUUGCUGGAGCAAUUGGGUUAGCUUCGGAAUCUGAUAAGUGCCCAGUUAUAAAACAAAGAUUCUGGAAUUUAGAUCGAUAUGCCGGAACAUGGUACGAAUAUAAGAGAAGUUCAAAUAAUUGGGCCAGGGCUGACAAAUGUACUACAGCUGAAUGGGAGAGAUUUGGUUUCCGGGUGUUUACUGUUAUUUGUGCUGGUAUUUCAACAAUUGAUAAUGGGGAUGUAAGAACUGUCGCCCAACUUACGUACGAAAAUCCUCGAAAUUUGACUAUGACUCAUUUCGUUCCCGUUGUGGGUGUGGUAAAAGGAAGCUACGUAAUUCUUGAAACGGACUAUGAUAAUUAUGCUAUCGUUUGGAGUUGCGUUGAACAAGGAUCUCGACAUAUUUCAUAUUAUUGGUAUAUGACAAGAGAAGCUAAACCUUGUAUGGAUAUUGAUCGAAUAGCGCAAAGAGUAAUUCAAGAAUAUGGUCUUCAACCUGAAUCUAUGGCUAAGGUCGAUCAUGAUAACUGUCCCUGCUAAUGAUUUAUUUGAUAUGUACUAAUUAACUGAUCAAUAAAAAAGAGUUAAAUAUAUAAUUUAUGAAUUUAAAUAGUUAUUUUCUUUUUGUUGUUAUGUACAAUUAAAACUUUUAG